AUCCCUCCUCAGUCGCCCGUUGCAUGCCUCUGCUGCGCUGCAUGUCUGCCUGGCUGUGUACCGAGUACGGAGUACAGUGUCCUGAUUCCUCCUAUCCCAGCCACGUGGAGCCGCCGUGCAGCAGAAAGCGCGCUUAGAUAAGCAGAUCCCAGUCGGUCGGAUCCGGAUGUUCGGAGUCAUGUUAAGUGAUGGGUAUCACGUGGUUGCCUGAGGCGCGCAACUUUUCAGUACACAGUACGGUACUCUUAUGUAUCAUCAUUACCGAAAAAAAAAAUACACAGAACCCUACGCGGAAGCCCUAAUCUCCCGGGGACCGGAAAAACAUUCCCUUUUUGUGACCUACCAGAGCUCCAAUUGCAGCCGGAAAUGACUCAAAAGAAGAGGCAGAAUGCUGCCGUGCCUGGCUGAUAUGGUAUAAUCCUCGACUUUCUUCCCUCGUUCUUCCAGUCUAUCCUCCGUGCAUGAAUUCUGCUGUCCCGUCCGGCCUCCUGCUCUCUGCAAGACGAGCAAUCGCGUAUUCGUCCAUCGUCCUACCGUCCUGUCGGCUGGCGGCCGUCCCGUCCGCUCGAAUUCUCUGCCCGAAAACCCUCAACGAGAUCUAUGACCCCACUAUCAACACCCCCCACCACGACUUGAAUCGCAAAUACUCUUCAGUCUCUUCCUACGAUCGCCCUCGCUCUCACAUCCUGGUAGACACAAUGGCGCCGAAGGAGAAGGUUUCAUUCAAUCUCAAAACCCCCAAGGGUACCAAGGACUGGUCUGGCUCUGAUGCCCUCCUCCGCGACCGCAUUUUCACCACCAUCGCCAGUGUGUUCAAGCGUCAUGGUGGCAUGGCACUGGACACGCCUGUCUUCGAGCUGCGCGAGAUCCUCGCUGGCAAGUAUGGCGAAGACUCAAAACUCAUCUACGACCUCCAGGAUCAGGGUGGUGAAAUCUGCUCCCUCCGUUACGAUCUUACCGUUCCCUUUGCCCGCUGGCUCGCCAUGAACCCCGACGUGCGCAGCAUGAAACGCUACCACAUCGCCAAGGUCUAUCGACGAGAUCAGCCGGCCGUCAAUAAGGGUCGCAUGCGUGAGUUCUACCAGUGCGAUUUCGAUAUCGCAGGCACUUUCGACCCUAUGGUCCCCGACGCGGAGGUCCUCAGAAUCGUCGCAGAGGUCUUCGAGGAGCUCGGAUGGGAUGGCCGCUAUACGAUCAAGAUCAACCAUAGAAAGAUCCUCGACGGUGUCUUCGAGGUCUGCGGUGUGCCCCAGGACAAGAUCCGACCUAUUUCCAGCGCUGUCGACAAACUGGACAAGAUGCCCUGGGCGGAUGUGCGGAAGGAGAUGGUCGAGGACAAGGGACUCGAUGGUGCAGUAGCCGACAAAAUCGAAACAUAUGUCAUGCAGAAGGGCGCACGGGAUUUACUGGAGAAACUCCUGAAAGACGAGACUCUCACCGCGAAUGCCUCUGCCAAGGCCGGUCUGGAUGACAUGGCCCUGCUCAUGGAAUAUCUAGAUGCCUUUGGGGUGUUGGACAAGAUAUCCUUCGACAUGUCCUUGGCCCGAGGACUUGACUACUACACUGGUGUCAUCUACGAGAUUGUAACGGAGGGUUCGGCACCGGCCGUCGACUCCAAUGCAACGGAGGUCAAGACACUACAGAAAUCCGGGAAGAAGGAGAAGUCCAAGAAGAGUACCAACUUGGAUGAGGAUGACCGAUCAAAUGACCCCACGGUCGGAGUGGGUAGUGUAGCUGCUGGCGGCCGCUAUGACAACCUGGUCGGCAUGUUCCUGAGCAAGGCUCAGAUUCCCUGCGUCGGUGUCUCGUUUGGCGUCGACCGCAUUUUCUCCAUUACCAAAGCUCGCCUGGAACGCGAGAAGAGCGCGGAUGCGCUGCGCAGUAGCGAGGUUGACGUCUACGUCAUGGCAUUUGGCGGGAAGGGCUUCAACGGCCUGUUGAAGGAACGCAUGGAUAUCUGCAAGAAGCUAUGGAGUGCAGGUAUUAAGGCCGAAUUCUCCUACAAGAUCAAACCCAAACUUCCCGCCCAGUUCAAGGCUGCGGAACAAGCUAGCGUCCCCUUCGCUGUAAUACUCGGUGACGACGAGCUAGCCGCUGGCAAGGUGAAAAUCAAGGAACUCGGCCUUGAAGAGGGCCACCCGGAGAAAGAAGGUGUUCUGGUCGACCUCACCUCACUCAUCCCCGAAGUAAAGGCUCGAUUAGCUCGGAAGAAUUCCGGCACAUCCACCGAUUCUGAGGCUGUUGCGGGUCUCGCGCAGAAGCUAGAGGGUGUAGAUGUGAAAGCUGACACCACCGCGAAGACAGCGGACGCGGGUAUUUAAAUGGGAUAUUUUUUUUUUGGGUUUUCUUUCGUCCUGUUUCCUUGGUUUCCUUCCCCCGAUUUCUUUGAAAAACCAUAGAGAACGCCUUCAAUUUCCUUGAUAUUGUCAUAGCAAGCCGAGCGAAGAAGUGAUUAUAAAAAAUAUAGCGUCAACAAGACAAUAUUCGGAGAAGGGGAAAAGUUGAUACGCAGAAUACCCAUUCCAUAUUAGUUCUAGAGACUGGCCCUGUCGUCAUAAAGUGUGAGCAAGUUGAUUUUGAAAUGCAUUACCUCGCGCCGUCCUUGACUGAAACGUCGCUGAGGUAGUUCUGCUGCAUCGCAAGCUAUCGAA